AUGGACCGCGACCGCGACAAUCCGGGACGAGAAUCCCCCUCUUCGAGUCGGAAGCGACAAAAAAGGUCGCCGUCUCGUGGUGUCUCUGCCGAACCCGCGCUGGCAAAUCCCCCACCACCUGCCGUCACGGUACAGCCAGUUUCCGAAAACGAGUAUCGGCUGGCCGCCCAGUUGGCUGACUCCCGCCGCGAGGCCGAGGCGCUUAGACGGGAGCUUGACGCGGUCCGGAAGAAAGCGGACAGGCUACAGGCUCUCGUGCAUUCACCACAGAGUAGUCAUUCGAACGAGGCAGCAUACCGGGAGAGGCUGGCGCGGGCGGAGGCAGCGUUGCAGGAGGCAGAGCGGAAGAGACGCCACGUCGAAACACACUGGAUCCAUGCGGAACGGAACCUAUCGGUUAUCCAUGCCCAGGCGGCGCAGUCCCGGGCUACGUUUGGUCAAUUUCUCGAGGAAAUGACGACAGGAAUUGACCCACGCCCACUGUCUUCCGGUGUCUCCCAACGCUUUCCACCGUCACGGCCUUCCUCUGCGGCAGGAUAUGUCGCAACACAUCAUCAACGCGGACUUUCAGACGAGGAGGAGAACCAGGACCAGUCGCGAUACAAACGACAGCGUUCGGCAAGUCAUCAUGAAACAAGACGACGGAGCCCGCCACCUCCACUGCCCACUUUACCACCAUUCAGACAUCUACAGCGGCCUCCAGGACCACCAAUGCCGUUUCCAUCCCCUCCCUUGGCAACACAUUAUAUUCCCCCACAAGAAACCAUUCCCCCGAUUCGGUCACCGUCGAGCACCCGGUCCAGUCACACAUAUCCAAGUCGGCCUUCGCUUCCCCAGAUAUACUCCCCCGUCGAGCCUGAAGCGGGUACAUCGCGACGAAGUCGGACACCAACGCAAAGCGCGAGUUUUCCUCGCCACUCUAGUCAAUCACCCACAAACUCCCGGUAUCCCCCGAUCCGUCCCGCCCUGCCCCCUACAACAAUCCCGAUUCCUCCUGCAGCUAGUGAGCUCCAAAUUAUCCACGACCGCUCGCCCCCGCCGCCCCCGCCAAUUAUGCGGCCGUCCUCUCCUUAUGGCCAACUCGACUCGCAAACGGUGCCGCACACCACGGCUGGCGUCCCCGCGAGCGGGAACUACCAGCACCGGUUCCAGGCGCAGGUGCCUAUCGGCAGUGCAUACGGCCGACGGGAGAGUGGCGAGCCGGGCUUUGGCGGGUACUACGCCCGGGGAGAGGGCGGGCCGGGCCGGAAGCCGACGGUGAAGUUGGGGACCUACGAGACGGUUAUUUUCUCGCUGGGCGAUGAGCAGGUCCCGCGGUACCCUGGACAGAUGCAGGCGUCUACUAGCCUCGAGGCUAUGCAGCCCGGAACCGGGAGCGUAAUAGGGAGAGGAAGUUUGUCGAGACCUGGGCCAAGCCGGCUCAGACGAAGGAGCCGAAGUCGGAGUAGGGAAGGCAGCCCCGGCCCGGAGCCGGAGGAAGAGCAGCGAGGCGCACGGUCCCAGAGACGGUGA